CCUCGUGGAAAUGGGAGCCUUGAAGUAUGUUAUUCUUCUAGCCUGUGCCUGCUUUUUGUACCAAGCGGAUGGACGCAAAACAUACGGUGACAUGUUUCCCCACAAGCAUGCAGUAGUAGGAAAGUUUCCAUUUCCAAUUCCACCAAUCCCUGGCUGGGAUCCUGAUACCAACCCAUGGGAUGAAUACCUUUACCCACCACUAAACCCGAAGCCAAAGGAGCUCAUGCACCGAAAAGGUAAACCCAAGGUUCGUCUGACUAGUGACAGCCCGGCUCUCAACGGCUCUUCCAUCACCUUCACUGCAAAGCUGGAGCAUCCUCCGUGCCAGAAGGAGGAUGCCAAUGGGGACCUUGUAUGGGAUGACCACUGUGCGGACGCAAAUGGUCAGGUGCGCUCCGGCUAUGUGUAUAACUGGACUUCCUGGUUGGAUGACUAUGGCUUUGGAAAGUGUACAGACACGACGAAAUGCAAUGUAUUCCCUGAUGGAAAGCCCUUCCCUCAAAGCAAUGACUGGAGACGCAAGAGCUAUGUCUACGUGUGGCACUCAAUGGGCCAAUACUAUGAGACAUGUGAUGGCUCCUCCUCCAGCUUGACCCUCAACACAUCCAGCAUCCCUGUGGGGGCAGAGGUCAUGGAGGUCUUGGUCUACAGGAAACGUGAGCGCAGGAAGUACAGCCCGCUUACCACUGACAACGCUGUUUUCUAUGUCACAGAUAAGAUCCCAGUGGCAGUCAACAUCUCCCAGAAGGCUGCGGUCAACCAGUCCCAGAAUGUUUUCUUCCGCGGUGAAGAUGUAGUCUUUCAAGUCAAGCUCCACGACCCAAGCGGCUACCUCAAAACCGCCUCCGCCAUUGACUACAUCUGGGACUUUAGAGAUGGCAACCAGCUGGUAACACACCGUGACGUGACCACACACACCUAUAGCACGCUAGGGAGCAUGAGUGUGAAGCUGGUGGUGGAGGCUGCAUUUCCUAUUGAAUGUCCACCUGCUGGUGCCACCCCGACUCCAAGGAGCUCCACACCAUCUCCUGCUACAAAAGCCCCCACACCAGGCACUCAUGCUGUUACUAUCAAGAUGGAGACCACACACAUGCCACCCAGCACCAGCCGGGCCCUCCCCACCUCCACCCCCAUUUCCAUGACAACAGGGUUGCCCACCACAGAACCCCUCCCCCCUCUUGUUGCCAGUGUUACCCCAGAGUCCAAACCCACCAGUGGCCUGGCCUGGCUCCGCAGCAGACGCCUGGUCCACAACAAUGCAUGUUUCCGCUACUCCUAUGGGACCUUCAUGGGUAAUAUCAGCAUUAUUGAGCCCAAGCACUCACUGAGCAGCGAGGCAAACAGCCGCAUUGUGGACGUGUCGGCUGCCAGAGUGACCAACACUGACAUCAACUUCCUGGUGAAAUGUAUGGGCAGCAUCCCCACUUCAGCCUGCACCAUUGUGUCAGACCCCAGCUGUACUCAGGUGCGUAACAUCAUGUGUGAUGAUGUGCCACCAUCGUCAGAGUGUGAGGUGCGUCUCAGGCGAACCUUUCUGGAACCAGGUACCUAUUGUGUCAACAUCACUCUGGAGGACUCCAGCAGCCUGGCUCUGGCCAGCACCACAAUCACCAUCAACAAGUCACAAGAUACACCUGUGUCCAAGACUUCUCACACUGCAGAGGUGGUCCUCUCUGCGAGCGCUGUGCUGGUGGCCGUCUUUGCAUUCAUUGCCUACCUUGUCUACAAGCGCUACAAAGUGUACCGGCCCAUACGUAGGUCACUAGUGGAAGACGCCUGCGCCCAUGCUGGGGUUGGAGGUCGCAUGAUGCGCCUGAGGGAGUCACUCUUCCCUUCCAGUGAGGAGAGUCAUCACCUGCUGACUGAGAGACGCCCCCUGUAGGCUUUCUGUGACACCUAAAACCAAAUCAGAAUUUCUCUUUUCUACCUUUAAUGGUAAAAAUACCGAAGCCUAUGCAACAAAAAUCAUACAAAUCUAAUCAAAGGUUGAAUCCUUAAAGAAUCAAAAUAACAGAAAUAUAUUAAUAUGUGUACGAAAAUAUUAGUAAAUAAUACUAAUGUCUUGUUUGUGUCAUAAUUUACUUGUUUAAGAGUGUUGGCUCCAGCAAAUGGAUAAUGCUACAGCAGUAUAUGACUAGUGAGAUUAUUUACUCGAGAAUUUGUUAAAUGUCUGAUUGAGGCACUGCUCUUUUUGAUCUGGCUCAUCUGUGGGUGAAGUAGUUGCUGGGAGAUGAAAUAGGUUCAAGUGGCUGUUUUUUUAAGAACUGCUUUACAAUAUUGUGAAUUCCUGUAACAAUAAUCCACAGUUAAGUAUAUCCUUGAGAUUUUUUUUCUCCCCGAUACAUAAAAUGCAUACUUCAACUGAUGCUACUAGUAUCAGUGGUCUCGUCCUCAUACUCAGAUUGAAUUCAAAUGAAAAUCGUUAUUGAAGGAACUUGACAUGAGGUCCCUAAUAAAG